CGGGACUACAUCUCCCAGAAGCCUCGGCGGUUUUCACCGGAAGUCACCGCUCAGCCCCUGUCGCCAAGGCUUCCGACUCCGCCAUUGGCCGCCGCGAUCCCAGCCUCAGCCAAUCAGCGCGCGCGGGGGGCGGGCCCGCCGCGGAGGGGGCGGGGCCGGUGCUGCGUCGACCCCGGCGUCCUCUGCGCGCGCCGGGAACCGGGAGAAACCGGGAGAAACCGGCCCGCGCCGGCGCCGCGGUGUCGUUUGUUCGCCGUGGAAAUUUGUUCAUUGCGGUUUUUUUUUUAAUUUGAUUUUUUUUCUUGAAUCCGGUUUUUUCCGGAUUUUUUUUUUCCGGGUCCCGGACGGACGCAGCGCGCGCAGCCGCAGGAAUGGAAUCCGGUGCCGUGUUGAGGAUCCGCGACGUCCUCCUCUGGUGCACGUGAGACGCGUGAAAAUUCAUCCCGCGCCCCGUGCAGCCUGUGAGUGAGCGGGAGCCGCGGCGUGUGCGCCCGUGAGCUGUUGCUACACGCGUGAUCUGAACCCGGUCCCACGUGGAGGAUCCGCGACGUCCUCGUCUCCUGCCCGGGAAAAUUCACCCCGCGUCCCGUGCAGCCUGCCUCGUACCCGAGUCCCCCGCGCAGGGCGAGAUGGCGCCUGACGCAGUGACGGACACGCGGGACCCAGACCCGACCCCGAGGGCCUCGGCGCCGGCGUCACCGUAGCGUCGCCCGUGUCGCGUGCUGACGUGUGUUGUCCGUGAAAGGUGACCGCCGGGCGUUUGUUCACAUGGGCCACGCGUGUGUUCUGUCACCGGGUGACAUCAUCACGUGUGACGUCAUCAUGUUAACCGGCGACAUCGCAGACAUCGUGUGACAUCAUCACCUGUUAUCGGGCGACGUCAUCAGGCGACAUCACCACGUGUUACCUGGCAACAUCACAUGUCAUCGGUUGACAUCAUCCCAACCAUCCGGUGACAUCACCACAGUCAUUGCGUCACAUCACCGUGACCAUCGCAUGACAUCACCACCACACGUCACGUCUUCCGUUCCCGUGUCCCACGCGUGUCACCGUCCGUUUUCUCACGUUUUUUCACGGAUUCACACGUCCAUGCUCAGCCGGUCCACCGUUUAUUUCCAGCGGCGCUUAGCAUGCCGACGUGCGUGCUGAGCUGGGCAGAGCCUCAGAGCCACGGUCCGGGUGAUGGCGCUGAACACGGAUGUCAGGCCCGACCGGCUGCCGAGGAUGCUGGGAGCGCCCCAUGACUGACAGCUUAACAGACCAACCCCGCCCGGCCCCGCCAUGAGGACGCCCCGCCUGUCCGGCGGCGCCGUCACGCUCGCGCUCGGCGGCCUCUGACCCAGAACGCGGAUCCCCGCCACGCGUGUCCACGCGUGUCCCCUCCGCCCCCAUGGCCCCGUUUUGCGUGUGGGCGCUGACGUGUUGCGUGUUGGCGGCGUGCUGUUGGGCGUCGCCGCCCGUGGUGAGCACGCGGUACGGGAAGCUGCGCGGUCUGCGCGCGCCCCUGCCGGGCGGGGUGCUGGGCCCCGUGGAGCAGUUCCUGGGUGUCCCCUACGCGGCGCCCCCCACGGGCGAGCGCCGGUUCCAGCCGCCCGAGCCGCCGUCCUCGUGGCCCGGCGUGCGCGAUGCCACGCGGUUUGCGCCCGUGUGCCCGCAGCACCUGGACGAGCGCGCGCUUCUGCGCGACAUGCUGCCCGUGUGGUUCACCGCCAACCUGGACACGCUGGCCGCGUACGUGCAGGACCAGAGCGAGGACUGCCUGUUCCUCAACGUCUACGUGCCGGCGGGAGCCAACACUGGGAAAAUCGCCGAUGACAUCACAGGUCAUGAGCGUGGUGACGACGAAGACGCCCGCGACCCCGGCGGCGGGAAGAAGCCGGUCAUGGUUUACAUCCACGGCGGCUCCUACAUGGAAGGCACCGGGAACCUGAUGGACGGCAGCGUCCUCGCCAGCUACGGCGACGUCAUCGUCGUCACCGUCAACUACCGGCUGGGCGUGCUGGGCUUCCUGAGCACGGGCGACCAGGCCGCCAAGGGCAACUACGGCCUCCUGGACCAGAUCCAGGCGCUGCGCUGGGUGGAGGAGAACGCGGGCGCCUUCGGCGGGGACCCCAAGCGCGUGACCGUGUUCGGCUCGGGCGCCGGCGCCUCCUGCGUCAGCCUCCUCACGCUGUCGCACUACUCGGAGGGCCUGUUCCAGAAGGCCAUCAUCCAGAGCGGCACGGCGCUGUCCAGCUGGGCCGUGAACUACCAGCCGGCCAAGUACACGCGGGCGCUGGCGGAGCAGCUGGGGUGCGGGUCGGCGGACACGGCGGCGCUGGUGUCGUGCCUGCGCGGCGCGGGCUGGCGGGAGCUGUCGCGGCAGCGCGUGUCGCCGGCGGCCUACCACGUGGCGUUCGGGCCCGUGGUGGACGGGGACGUGAUCCCGGACGACCCGCAGAUCCUCAUGGAGCAGGGCGAGUUCCUCAACUACGACGUCAUGCUGGGCGUGAACCAGGGCGAGGGGCUGCGCUUCGUGGACGGGCUGGUGGAGGACGCGGACGACGGCGGCGGCGGCGACGCGGACGACGGCGGCGACGCGGAGAACACGCGUGUCGAGUACACGCGUGUCGGCGCGGGCGACGCGGAUCACACGUACGACGACGGCGCGGGGAACACGCGCGCGGGCGCGAAGAACGCGCGCGCCGAUAACGCGGACCCCGCGCGCGGCGACGCCGAGAACGCGCGCGUCGACGCGGAGCACACGCGAGGCGGCGGCGGCGGCGGGGGCGGGGGCGUGGCGGCCGGCGUCUUCGACCAGGCCGUGUCCGGGUUCGUGGACCGGCUCUACGGCUACCCCGAGGGCAAGGACGCGCUGCGGGAGACGAUCAAGUUCAUGUACACGGACUGGGCGGACCGCGAGAGCGCGGAGUCGCGGCGGAAGACGCUGGUGGCGCUGUUCACGGACCACCAGUGGGUGGCGCCCGCCGUGGCCACCGCGGACCUGCACGCGCGGUACGGGUCCCCCACCUACUUCUACGCCUUCUGCCACCGCUGCCAGGGCGACGACCCCGCCAAGCCCGCCUGGGCCGACGCCGCGCACGGCGACGAGGUCCCCUACGUGUUCGGCGUCCCCAUGGGCGGCCCCGCCGAGCUCUUCGCCUGCAACUUCUCGCGCAACGACGUCAUGCUCAGCGCCGUCGUCAUGACCUACUGGACCAACUUCGCCAAGACGGGGGACCCCAACCAGCCGGUGCCGCAGGACACCAAGUUCAUCCACACGCGGCCGAACCGCUUCGAGGAGGUCGCGUGGUCCAAGUACGACCCGCGGGAGCAGCUGUACCUGCACAUCGGGCUGCGGCCCCGCGUGCGCGACCACUACCGCGCCACCAAGGUCGCGUUCUGGCUCGAGCUGGUGCCGCACCUGCACGGCCUGCGCGACCUCCUGCAGUACGUCAGCACCACCACGCGGGCGCCCGGCACGCCCGACGCCGCCAAGGACACGCGCGACGCCGCCGCCGCCGCGGACGCGCGCGGCCGCGCGCACCCCAAGCCCUGGCCCGCCACGCGGAGGCCCGCGGUCACGGCGGCCACGGCGAAGGGGGGACACGGGCGCCCGCGCGGGAGCCACGCCGCCGCCGCGGAGGACGCCACGGUGCUGAUCGAGACGAAGCGCGACUACUCCACGGAGCUGAGCGUCACCAUCGCGGUGGGCGCCUCGCUGCUGUUCCUCAACAUCCUGGCCUUCGCCGCGCUCUACUACAAGAAGGACAAGCGGCGCCACGAGACGCACCGGCGGCAGCACGCGGCCGCGCACACGCACGGGCACACGCAGCAGCGGGGCGGUGGCGGCGGCACGGGCGGCGGGGGACACGGGCGCGGCGGGGACGACUUCCUGCAGGCGAAGCCGCCGCCGCUGCCCCCGCCGCCUCUGCCCCCGCAGCGCCACGACGGCGGCCUCGGCGGAGACGCCGCGGACGCCGCCGCCGCCGCCGCGGGAGGGAUCCGCGUGGCCUGCCCGCCCGACUACGCGCUCACGCUGCGGCGCUCGCCCGACGACAUCCCGCUCAUGGCGCCCAGCACCAUCACCAUGGCGCCCAACAGCCUGGCGGGCGUGGCCGCCGGGGGCUCGUCCGGGGCGCUCACGUUCAACGCCUUCGCGGGAGGAGUCGGCGGCGGCGGGGGCGGCGGGCAGAACGGGUCGAACCUGCCGCACGGACACUCGACCACGCGGGUAUAGCGGGCGGCGGGUUCCGGUUCCGGCCCCGCGGACUCACGCGGAGGAGGAGACGCUCGUUUUUUUUGUUUUUUGUUUUAAUUUCGGUUUGCAGGGGAGGGGGAAGGGAUCUCGUCACGCGUGUGGACGCGGGGGCGAUGUCCACGUC